CAUGUCCAUAGUUUUGUGUGUGUUUAAAAAAACAAAACAAAAUGUAGUUGUGUUCUUGAUAUUUUCCCGUUUCGUAACGUUUUCUGUUUUUAAAACACUCCCAAUAUACAUUGCUGUUUUUUAAUAAAUCACCAGUGACGCGCUUUAUUGAUCGUAUUGAGGUCACUGACUGAGCAGCAAACCUCUUACCUGGAAGAGACUGACUGUUUUGCUCUGAAGCUGCCGUCCAAAUAAAUGAUUAAACUCACUCAACUAAAUAAAUGUGAGUCCCUCAUCACCUUUAUGAAAAACAAGCGUCACUAUUUGUGGAAUCUACGUUGGCAAAAACCUCAGAUACUUUCCAUUGGGAGCAAGCCAUCGCUGGCUUGAUGUUGCAUUACUUUACAAGUGAUGGCGUGUACUUGGCGUUACACCAGCUGCCACCUAAUGGCGUGACUGUCAAAACAAGUUUAUAAUGGAAACAAAGGUUAAAAGUCGUGAAGCUGUUACUGGCAACUAAUGUCAGCACAGUGGAACGACUUUUAUGUUCAGGCCAAAUAUGUCAGUAUGUAUAGAUCAUACUAAUCCAAAAGAUAUGCAUAUAAGAGGCUUGUUUUGUCCACACAGAGAGACUGUUUACUCCCCAGAAUAAUCAGAGAAUAUAAUUGUUUUAUCAUACAGUGUUAUAAAAUGAUCCUGAGCCCAUCUGGCUUAUCAUCAUAAUCAUAAAUGGUUAUUGUCAAGGUAAUGUUACUGCAUUAAUGACCAACCAGGGAGGUUUUAAUCCUACAAACGCCUUCUCGUGGUCAACAAGUAUGCAUUCCUAUCUUUUACUACAGGUUUACUACUGGCUCACUGGCUCCAGGUCCAUGAUGGUAAACAACAUCCUCAGCACUGCAGCAUCCCAGUGUCGCCCUCUGCUGCUGAAGGAAAGAGAAGCAAUAUUAUGUCUACAGGGAAUUUACACGGGGGAAGGUUUUCAGUGCAGCUCCCUAGUCUGAGAACAAGGAAAUGGUGUUCAGCAUGUAGCCAGAAGAAGUGUCACAUCCACCUCCUCUUCUUUGGAGGAUAAAAACAGCAAGAUUUCACCAUGGAGGGAACUUCCAAAAGCGAUGCUGCAGCUCAGCCCUCUGUUGCUGCUCAGGUUCCUUUCAUUCACCUUUGUAAUACUUUAGAGAAAAUCCAGAAGUCUAAACUCCGUCCAGAUAAAUCCAAGGUCCUUAGGGAUUUCAUUGAGUCAUGGAGGAAGUUUCAUUCUGCCCUCCACAAAGACAACCCCAAAACAACCGACUCUUUCUACCCCGCUAUGCGCCUCAUAGUCCCGUCCUUCGAACGAGAGCGCAUGGCGUACGGCAUCAAAGAGAGCAUGUUAGCUAAACUCUAUAUCGACGUGUUAGGCCUCCCAAAGAAUGGUCCGGAAGCCAAUAAACUACUGAACUACCGCGCUCCGACUACAUCCCAAGGAGAAGCUGGAGACUUCGCCGGCAUGGCGUACUUUGUGCUGAAGAAACGGUGCACCAGUCAAGCAAACCUCAACAUCAAAGAAGUCAACGACUUCCUGGACUCGGUGGCCAUCAACAACGCCAGCAAGAAGAAGGAUCUGGUGAGGAAGAGUCUGCUGCACCUCAUCACCCAGAGCACGGCUCUCGAGCAAAAAUGGCUCAUCAGGAUGAUCCUGAAAGACAUGAAGGUCGGGAUCAGCAAAGAAACCGUCCUCCAAGUCUUCCACCCGGAUGCCGCCGAUCUCUACAACGUGAGCACGGACUUGAACAAGGUGUGCCAGCAGCUCCACGACCCCUCCGUGUCUUUGAGCGAAGUCUCGAUCGGACUCUUCUCCGCUUUCAAGCCAAUGUUGGCAGCUAUGGCGAACAUCCGCAACGUGGAGAAACAGAUGGGGAACAGCCCUUUUUACAUUCAGACCAAGCUGGACGGAGAGCGCAUACAACUGCACAAAGACGGGGAUGUGUACAAGUACUUCAGCAGAAAUGCUUUUGAGUACACCCAGCCGUUUGGGGGAUCGCCACUGCAGGGCUCGCUGACGCCUUACAUCCACAACAUCUUUAAAAGCAACAUCGUAAACUGCAUCCUCGACGGCGAGAUGAUGGCGUACAACCCGACCACGGAGACCUUCAUGCAGAAAGGGAGCAAAUUCGACAUCAAGAAACUCAUGGACGACUCCGAGUUGCAGACGUGCUUCUGCGUGUUCGACGUGUUGUUAGUCAACGACCAGAAGCUUGGCAAGGAAACGCUGAAGACACGUUACGAGACCCUUCAGACGGUUUUCACGCCGGUCAAGGGGAGGAUACACCUGGUGCCAAAGGCUGAUGCCAGAACCAUGCAGGAGGUGGUGGAUGCCCUCAAUGACGCCAUUGACGGCAGAGAAGAGGGGAUCAUGGUGAAGGAUCCUUCGUCCAUCUACAAACCUGACAAGCGAGGUGAGGGAUGGCUGAAAAUAAAGCCUGAAUAUGUGGCCGGCUUGAUGGAUGAGCUUGACCUGCUGAUUGUUGGCGGCUACUGGGGGAAAGGAAGACGUGGCGGUAUGAUGUCCCAUUUCUUAUGUGCCGUCGCCGAAGCUCCAAAGCCUGGCGAGAAACCCUCCGUGUUCCACACUCUCUGCCGCAUCGGCUCCGGCUACACCAUGAAGGAGCUGUACGACCUCGGUUUAAAGCUAGCCAAGCACUGGAAAGUCUAUCGGAAGAACGACCCGCCCGCAUCCAUCUUGUGCGGAACGGAGAAACCAGAAGUUUACAUCGAGCCCUGCAACUCGGUCAUCCUCCAGGUCCGCGCGGCUGAGAUAGUCGGAAGCGACAUGUACAAAACCAACUGCACCCUGCGCUUCCCCAGGAUCGAGAAGAUCCGCGACGACAAGGAGUGGCACCAGUGCAUGACCCUGGCGGAGCUGGAUCAGUUCCGCAGCAAGGCGUCUGGGAAACUCUUCUCGCGGCACCUUCACAUCGAUGGCGACGAACCGCAGAAGAAGAAGCGCAAGGGGCCAGCCAAACCCAAGAAGGUGGUCGGGAUCAUCGACCACUUCAAGCCCCAGGACCUCUCAGGGGUUACCAAGGAGACGGAUAUGUUCGAGGAUGUGGAGUUCUGUAUCCUGAACGGCACCGAGGAUCACCCCAAGGCAGAGCUGGAAAAGGGCGUGGCCAGGUGUGGAGGUAUCGUGGUGCAAAACCCAGGACGCGACACUUACUGCGUGAUCGCCGGCGUGGAGAACAUGCGCGUGAAGAACCUGGUUUCGUCCGACCAGCACGACGUGGUGUGGGCCGCCUGGCUGCUGGAGUGCCUGCGCCAGAAGGAAGUGGUCCCCUGGCAGCCGCGUCACAUGAUCCACAUGUCGCCCUCCACCAGGGAGCACUUCGCCAAGGAGUACGACAGCUACGGCGACAGCUACUUCGUGGACACGGACGAGCAGCAACUGAGGGAGGUGUUCGGCCGGAUCGGCGACGCGGACGCGUCUGCAACGGUGAACGCCGGCCAGGUGGAGCAGCGUUACGGCUGGGAGGACCUCCCCACCAGCAUGUUCAGACCCUUCGAGGUUUACAUGGACUGCUACGCCGACAUAAGUGACCGUAAAACCGCCAUACCUGCCACCUGCUUGGACAUCAGGGCGCUGGAGUUCUGCUUCCACGGAGGGACGGUGAUGCAGAAGUUAGAGGAGGGAGUCUCUCAUGUCGUUAUCGCAGAGGAAACACGACUUCUGGAUUUCAGGACUCUGAGGCGCCUCUUUAGGAAGAAGUUUAAGAUCGUAAGAGAAUCAUGGGUGACUGAUUCAGUCAAAGCGGGGUAUCUGAUGAAUGACACCGACUACUUAGUGUGAAGAGCCUUAAAAACAGGAGUUGACACUGGAGAGGAAUCCUCACGUUUUAAUUAAUUUCCAAUAAGAUUAGCAAUAAACAAUUUAAUAAAAGUAGAUAUAUAAACAAAUCCAGACAGUCAAAAUCACUGUUAAGGGUGACGAUGUGAUUUAAAACUACACUGUACCGUACAGGGAUGUUGCUUCUCAGGGGUUGCAUGCAGACUUUAUGAGUUUUAGUUUUUAUUAAUGAGUGAUAAAGGCUGCUUGUUAUUAGCUUUUAAUUAAUAGACCACUGUGAUAUUCAGCAAGCAAUGAUUGGUUUUUAAAAUGUUGAAAGUUAGAACAGCAUUAUGAAGUAUUAAAAUACAGAAAGCUGAUUAAUCUUCAGAUAUUGCCCUCUUUUAAACUUUUAGCCGAGCAGUUUUUAAUGCAUUUCAUGGAAAGGGAACAAGGUUUUCUACUUUAACAAAUUGAGGGGUUUCAUUUUCUGGGAAUAUAAAGGUGUCAGAAAUGAAGCUGUUUUCAUCGUGUUAACUGUGAUAUCAAUUUCACCAUAAUAGUCUAAAAUAGGCCUAUUUUUAUUAUUCAAUUUCGUAUCGCGCUUACAUGAAAUUGGGUACUCAAAUGGUCAAAAUCGAAGCAGCAGAGGUUGAGAUGUCCUGACUUUUAGUCCCCAUUAAGAGUCAAGCUCC